CGGGAUCAAAACGAUAGCCAAGACAGUUACGACUUUCCAACAUAACCUCUCGCGAAUAGUCGAUUGCGAACAAACCACUGUAAGCAAAUCCCAAUAGCCAUACGCGUACAAAAUAGAUGAGGCCGUGCACUCUACAUUUCCGCAACACAACACGCGCCUUACCGCCCAGGGCAGCGGAUAGGCGGGUUUUCUGUAGAACAGCUCCGACUUCUUCCGCGCCGGUUCAGGAAGCAACAGAUUACACAACACCUGGCGAAGGCAAGACGCUUCGCCGUCUUAUUCUUUUAAGGCACGCGGAUAGCGACCAAACUCAGGCUGUACGAGACCAUGAUAGGCAGCUAAGCAGCGCUGGGCGUCAGCAAGCGGCGCAAGUGGCCCAGCUGAUUAAGUCUAAGGGAUGGACUCCAGAUUUAGUUCUGGCGAGCAAUUCGAAACGUACGAAACAGACGCUCGAUGAAAUGAGCGAGGUUCUGGAAGAGCUUGGCUCCGUUGAUGCCCAUUUCUAUGGGUCGCUCUACACCGUCGCCGCGCUGGACGGGCAGACGCGAGAGCACAUCAUGGAAUGCUUGCUGGAGGUUGUGGAUGAUGUCCGCAACACUGUGGUCAUGUGCGUCGGUCACAACAAGGGUUGGGAGGAGGCGGCUUCCCAGUUUGCGGGCACCGCAGUGAAGCUGCGCACCGCCUCAGCGGCGCUGCUGCAGGUGUACAGCGGCUCCUGGAGGGAGGUGCUGCGGGACAGCGUUACGUGGCAGCUGGUGGAGGUGAUGGGGCCGUCUUCCCCCUCCUCCUCCUCCUCCUCCUCCGCCACUCCCUCCUCCUCAGGGUGAUAUGGUGGCCUCGGGUUGGCAUUGUGUUGGCAUUGUGGGAGGCGAUUGAGGCGGCGGGUGGUGGGGGUGAAGUGCAAGGAUAGGACCGAGGCCUACACGGGAUGGGGAUGCGGUGGAUGGGGGGCAAGCGCGAGGUGUGGGCUGCGGUUCGUCCUAGGGUUGCGUUGCCAUGCGAGUGCCGUGCAGUGCAGUAUAAUUACAGCGCAACGGAGUAUGACGGGCAGGGUGGACGACGGUCAGCAUAGCAUGGGCGGGAUGCGGAAGUAGGGGACGGUGAAGCCCAGCUGCGCUUGUGGUGAUGACGUUCGUCGUCCCCAUGGGCGCUCCGGUCGCCACUCCUGCUUCCGGUGUCGCAGCCGCUUCAGCCGCGUACCGCACUGUUGUACCUCGGCGCUGGUAAGGGAGUGGUAGCAGAGCAGGCGGGGAAGAGAGAAAGGGACUUAAACCUUGUGGCAAAGCUCCGCAUUCGGUGCGUGAGGGACGUAGUGACGGAGGCUGCUGAUGGGGGGUACCGUACCUGGGGGAUAUGAAGGCUGGGUCUGGGAGACAGGAGGCGUUUUUGAAGGUACGCGGGGUGCAGGCAGGAGGGACGUACGGCAAAGGCCCGGCUGGCUCUUAGAGCGAGCAUGUCCGGAGGGUCCCUGGAAUCCCCUGCCUGGCUAUCGCGUUGUUGACAGGCACCACGGAGGAAGCAAGGAGGAAGUAUUUUUUUAAGAGUGGUUAGGCUUGUGACUACCGGUAUCUUCUGUACGUGAGUAACUGAACGUUUUACGGUAUGGUAUGAAGGGUACUUAAGGCUCGCCUGGACCCGGGGUUGCCGUGCCAGGUGCCAGGAUUAUGAACGGGGGCAUGUACGAGCUGCAUCACAUCUGUGUGUGUGGGUGUGUGUAUGCGGUGUGGAAGGAUAAGCACCGCGCCUUCUCGGCUCUUCUCCGGAAGUAGUAGUGCUGAGUUGCAUCUGUUGAGUUCAUACCCUGCGUUUUACCUGAGGCAUGGUACUUAAUCCUCAAUUUCUGUUUUCGUUUUAAACGUGUGGAUGGACAUAAACAGAGCUGUGAAGGUCUGGUCCUCGCAGCAAAGGCGGCCUUAUAGAAUGGCAAAUGUGGACUGAUCCGCUGGGUCGUGCUCGACUAGCUCGCUAUUCAUGACUACCGUAUCAGAAUGCGAUGCAAAGAAGUUUCCCCUCUUCAGCCUCAGCAGGCAAUCAGCCACGACAACAGAAACCACGCGGCUAGGGUUUCUACAGCGAAGAGGAAUCCCAACCAGCCCUGAAUAGGCACUGACUGUACGUUACGCUG